UGGUAAGUAAGUUUAUAAGAGUUGACUCGUGUCGGUAGAGUCCGUAGUGGAGUAUAUUGGCAGGAAUGUGUGCUAUGAAAGUACUCGGCGUCUGUUUUAUUGUGAUAUUUGCCCUCCAGCAGCGACUUUUUGUCCGAGCGGAGACAAUUGUGAGAUAUCAGCAGGAACAGUUGGAAACAGCGGUCUGCGAGGAGAAUGCAGUUUGUACCGAACUAAUGGCGCUUCCAAGGGAUAACUACUUUAGUCUAAAGAGUUGCUCAUGUCCGAACGGUUACACGUGCCCAGAGCGACCUGGUACUUCCACUCUACCAUUUGGACGCGGGCGGUGGUACGGGCUGUGUCGUCCUGUCUCCGAUAUCCCAGAAUGCAGUCCGGGGGAAGUGGCCAGGAAGCAAUACAAUGGCGUCCGGGAUAUUGGCUACCUCAAAUAUACUCAGAUUCACUGCCUUUGCCCAGGGGAUGGUCAAAUUGGAAUGGUACCUUCAACUGUGUGGACUAAGACCAGGAGGGAUGACCCAAGGGCUGAUUCUGUGUUCGAGUUCGAGUGCGCUGAUCAAACACACAGCGGCAGUCCAUCCCGAAAACGCAGCCGAGGGAGAGGGGGGUUCCGAAAAUUUUAUUUCUAUAAAUAGGGCUGUUUUAUAACAAAAUAGACUAUUUAUAAAUCAUCCAACGCUGUAGAAAUGCUAGUAUUUCUUGAUGAUCUUAUGUAUAUCAGUUUUAUAUGAUAUUUAUAGAAA